AUGGCAGAGUGCAAAGCCCUCUCAACCGCCGAUACGAUGUGGGCGUUCUGCCCCUCCAUCGCCGCCGCAUAUUUAUUCCUCAUUCUCUUCGGCAUCACAGCCGUCGCCCAUCUCGCUCAAGCCAUCCUCCACCGCAAGGCCUACUGCUGGGUCAUCGCCAUGUCCGCCAUCAUGCAGACGGUCACCUAUAUCUUCCGCGUCUUGAGCAUCCUCUCCCCCGCCAGUUACGCCGACUACGCCGCCUGGUUUGUGAUCAUCCUGGUCGCGCCGCUGUGGACCAACGCCUUCGUGUACAUGGUUAUGGGACGCAUGGUGUGGAAUUUCACCGACGACGCGCGACUCGUGCGCAUCCGUCCGUGGCGGUUCGGCAUGUUCUUCGUCAUUCUGGAUGUCAUAGCAUUCGUUGUUCAGGUCUAUGGCGCCGCUCAGGCAUCGGGAAAUAACGUCUCGUACAACACAAUGAUGACCGGCCUGCACAUCUACAUGGCCGGCGUGGGAGUCCAGCAGCUGUUCGUCCUGGUGUUUAUCGGCUGUGCGGUUGGCUUCCACCGCAAGAUCCUCCGACAGGGUCGUCAUGAUUCUCGACAGGCGUUGGUUCUGCUAUACGUUCUCUACGCUUGUCUCGCUUUGAUCACACUGCGUAUUGUCUUCCGACUGUGCGAAUACUCGCAAGGAAUCAAAUCGUCGAUCCCCCGCCACGAAGCGUUCCAGUAUUGUCUCGACUCGCUGCCCAUGCUGUUUGCUCUCGUCCUGCUGAACGUCUUUCAUCCCGGUCGCAUCAUGCCGGGCAAGGACAGCGACAUGCCGGGUCGCAAGCUGCGCAAGAAGAUGGGCAUCACCACCAAGGCGAGCCUCUUAGACGAGACGAUGCUUCGCGAGACUCCUUAA